AUGGCCCACCGGAAGCGCCAGAGCACCGCCAGCAGCAUGUUGGACCACAGGGCCAGGCCGGGCCCCGUCCCCCACAGCCAGGAGCCGGAGGUUGAGGACACGGAGCUGCCCCUGGAAGGCUAUGAGCCCCAGGGCCUGGAGGUGGCUGCCCUGCAGCCCGAGGAGCAGGAGUGCCACAGCCACAGCCCCGACGGGGACUCGAGUUCCGAGUACGUGAACAACACCUCGGAGGAGGAGGACUAUGACGAGGGCCUCCCGGAGGAGGAGGAGGGCGUCACCUACUACAUCCGCUACUGCCCCGAGGACGACAGCUACCUGGAGGGUAUGGACUGCAACGGCGAGGAGUACCUGGCCCACAGCGCUCCGCCCGUGGACACGGACGAGUGCCAGGAGGCGGUGGAGGAGUGGACGGACUCGGCCGGCCCGCACGCCCUGGGCCACGGGGCCGAAGGCAGCCAGGGCUACCCUGACGGCCACCUGUCCAUCCCGGAGGACGAGCCCUCUGUCCUGGAGGCCCACGACCAGGAGGACGCCGGCCUCUACUGUCCUGGCAAGGAGGGCUACCAGGACUACUACCCCACAGAGGCCAACGGCAACGCGGGCGGCGCCUCCCCUUACCGCCUGCGCCGUGGGGACGGGGACCUGGAGGACCAGGAGGAGGACAUCGACCAGAUCGUGGCUGAGAUCAAGAUGAGCCUGAGCAUGACCAGCAUCGCCAGCGCCAGUGAGGCCAGCCCGGAGCACGCGCCGGAGCCGGGGCCCGGGGACUCCACGGAGGCCUGCCCGCCUGGCGAGGCCGGCCGCGGCCCCAACAGGCACGAGGCGAGGCCCAAGUCGCUGAACCUCCCUCCCGAGGCCAAGCUCUCUGGGGACCCCCAGAGAGGCUUCAAGAACAAGACUAGGACCCCAGAGGAGAGGCCAAAGUGGCCCCAAGAGCAGGUGUGCAAUGGUCUGGAGCAGCCCAGGAGGCAGCAGCGCUCCGAUCUCAACGGACCUGUUGACAAUAACAACAUCCCGGAGACAAAGAAGGUGGCAUCAUUUCCAAGUUUUGUGGCCGUUCCAGGGCCCUGCGAGCCGGAAGACCUCAUCGAUGGCAUCAUCUUCGCUGCCAACUACCUGGGGUCCACCCAGCUGCUGUCCGAGCGGAACCCUUCCAAAAACAUCCGAAUGAUGCAAGCGCAGGAGGCCGUCAGCCGGGUCAAGAGGAUGCAGAAGGCCGCUAAGAUCAAGAAGAAAGCGAAUUCCGAGGGCGACGCGCAGACGCUGACUGAAGUAGAUCUGUUCAUCUCCACCCAGAGGAUCAAGGUCUUAAACGCGGACACACAGGAAACCAUGAUGGACCACGCCUUGCGCACCAUCUCCUACAUCGCCGACAUCGGCAACAUCGUGGUGCUGAUGGCCAGGCGCCGCAUGCCUCGGUCGGCUUCUCAGGACUGCGUGGAGACCACUCCUGGGGCACAGGAGGCCAAGAAGCAGUACAAGAUGAUCUGCCACGUGUUCGAGUCGGAGGACGCCCAGCUGAUAGCCCAGUCCAUCGGCCAGGCCUUCAGCGUGGCCUAUCAGGAGUUCCUGCGGGCCAAUGGCAUCAACCCUGAAGACCUGAGCCAGAAGGAGUACAGUGACAUCAUCAACACCCAGGAGAUGUACAACGAUGACCUCAUCCACUUCUCCAACUCGGAGAACUGCAAGGAGCUGCAGCUGGAGAAGCACAAGGGGGAGAUCCUGGGCGUGGUGGUCGUGGAGUCAGGCUGGGGCUCCAUCCUGCCCACGGUGAUCCUGGCCAACAUGAUGAACGGCGGCCCGGCCGCCCGCUCCGGCAAGCUGAGCAUCGGCGACCAGAUCAUGUCCAUCAAUGGCACCAGCCUGGUGGGGCUGCCCCUCGCCACCUGCCAGGGCAUCAUCAAGGGCCUGAAGAACCAGACACAGGUGAAGCUCAACAUCGUCAGCUGCCCCCCGGUCACCACGGUCCUCAUCAAGCGGCCGGACCUCAAGUACCAGCUGGGCUUCAGCGUGCAGAAUGGCAUCAUCUGCAGCCUCAUGCGAGGGGGCAUCGCGGAGCGAGGCGGAGUCCGCGUGGGCCACCGCAUCAUCGAGAUCAACGGGCAGAGCGUGGUGGCCACAGCUCACGAGAAGAUAGUGCAAGCCCUGUCCAACUCGGUGGGAGAGAUCCACAUGAAGACCAUGCCCGCCGCCAUGUUCAGGCUCCUCACCGGCCAGGAGACACCCCUGUAUAUCUAGGCCCAGCAGCCUCCACCACACAGCCGGGAUGCCGGGGACGCCUAGGACCGCAGGGGCCGGGGGACGAGGA